AUGUCCGACGAUGUAGACUCCGAGACCCGUUCAAGAACACCAUCCAUAAGCUCCAGGCAGUUCAUCAUCCCCGAGGACGAACUGGCGACGCUGGACUCGGAGAAUUCCAGUUUGGACAGCGGGGGUGAGGAGGCCAGCAGUGGCGGCAGCGAUGCGUAUAGCGCAGCGGGCGGCAGCACGCCCGUGUUCUCGCGGCUGGGGCAACACCCCAGCACGUUCUUCACGGGUUCGCAGGUGGCGCCGAUCUUCGACACGAGUCUGUACCUGUUCGAGUCGCUCACGCAGUCGCUGGACAGCGUGGACUUCUCCGAGGCGCUGUCGUUGCAGACCAAGACGUCGGCGACGAUCAACUCCAAGAGCCGGGAGCUGCAGCUGCUGGUGGGCGAGGUCCAGACGCAUCUGCGGCGGCUGCAGACAGCGUUCGAGCAGGGCCAGCACACGGCGCAGCGCGUGCGGCACAACCUGCGGGACAUCACGCGGGGCGUGGAGAGCCUGAAGCAGACGUUUGCGCGCAGCUAUCCGAUUGAGUACCAUCAGGCGCUGGAGCGGGCGUACGAGCGGCGCGCAGAAUGA